AAGCAAGGCCCGCGGGCGGAGUACUUCGCCCGCGUAACCUUCGCCCUCAUCGGGACAGCCUUCGUCCUCAUCCGGUCCGCCCGAUGUUCCUCCAGCAAUCCGAGAUCCUGCUCGUGUUUCUUUGCUUUAGCCGACCAGAGGGACUUCUUCGAUCGCGGCGAAAAGAUCGCGAUGAGCGCGAACCGCUGCGGCUAGGAUACUUACGUCGACGCGGCGGCGUGGAAAAGAAGAUGGUAGGGGAGAUGGUGGAGGCGGCGGCGGCGGGGAAGGUGAACGGAAAAGAAAAGGCCGAGGCACUGCGCUGCGGCGCCGCAAUCCACUUGGUCUGCUCGGCUCGCUUCCUCGCCGGCCGAGAAAUGGCCCGCCUUUGAAAAGGUUGGCAAAAUUGGUAAAGGGCGGACCCGGAGGCGGGGGAGGCCCCAGCUCUUCCGGGGGUUGCCCGCGCCCAUUUCUUGCACGCAGCA